UCAUUCAUUUCUCAAUUCUGCCCAAUUCAUCACACAGCAUGGCUGAUGCCCUUGUUUCCAUUGUCUUGGAGCGGUUGGCUUUAGUAAUCCAACAGCAGAUUCAACAAGAGUUGAGACUGGUUGUGGGUGCUGAAAAUGACACCCAAAAGCUCACCAACACACUCAAGAACAUCCGAGCAGUUCUUGUGGAUGCAGAGAAGAGACAAGUUAAGGAUGAAGCUGUAAAAAUUUGGCUAAAAGAUCUCAAAGGAUUGGCAUAUGACAUGGACAACGUGCUGGAUGAAUGGAGCUCAUCAAUUCUCAAAGUCCAAAUUCAGGGAGUUGACAAUACUCUCACUCACAAGAAGAAGUGUUUCCAAAAGAUCAUGUCAUAAAGCGGGAUAAUUUGAUCAAGUUGUGGAUGGCCCAGAGUUACCUCAGCCCUAGAAGUAAAGAGAUGGAGACCAUAGGUCAUGAGUACUUUGAAAGCUUAGCAAUGCGCUCUCUUUUCCAAGAUUUUGUAAAAGACAAUGAUGGAAAUAUAAUAGUGUAA